AUGUCCACUCAUGAGGCCCGCCAGCUUCAUUCUCACCAUGGGCUUUCCAUACCGCCACUCUUCGUCGUGACAGGCCUGACCCUGUUGCGCACCCUGAACGCAUUGUGUACUGGGCGCACCUUUUUCCAACCAGAUGAAUACUUCCAAGCCCUCGAGCCGGCAUGGAACCUCGCCUUUGGGCCCCAUAGCGGCGCCUGGUUGACGUGGGAAUGGGAAUAUCACCUGCGGUCCUCACUCCACCCAGCCCUGUUCGCUCUUGCGUAUGCGGCCGCAGACAAGGCCAUGCACGUGCUGCCAUGCCUGCCUGCCUUCAAGGCCUCAGUGCUGGUCGUAUUGCCCAAGCUGGUUCAGGCGUGCCUCGCUGUGCUGGCUGACCUGUACACCUGGAAGCUCGCCGAGAAGGUCUAUGGCCAGGGCAGCAGGUCCGCCUGGUCCGCCUUGUGCGUGACCGUGCUCAACCCGUGGCAAUGGUACUGCUCCGCGAGGACCUUCUCGAAUUCCCUCGAGAUGACUCUUACCAUAGCAGCCUUGAACUACUGGCCCUGGGACUUACUGGGCGACGCCUCAGAGACUCAUGGUGGCUCCCCAGCGAGAAGGGAGCGUCUUGCCAGCCUCCGGGCGUCUCUUUUUCUUGCCGCGAUUGCGGUUCUCCUAAGGCCGACCAACGUCUUCAUCUGGGGCACUGUAGUCAUGGUAGCGUUCACACGCUUGACGCUCCGUGGGAAAAGCCCCAUCACUUUGAGGGUCGCCCUAGUCCUCUUCAGGGAGGCUGUCCUGUGUGGGAGUGCUGGCCUGGCCUUGUCCGCUGUGUCUGACCGUCUUUACUUUGGCGAAUGGACGUUCCCACCGUACCAUUGGCUUCACUUCAACCUGACACAAGACCUCGCUGUCUUCUAUGGAGAGAUGGUAUGGCAUUAUUACCUAUCUCAGGGCAUCACCCAGCUCACCAUGACCUUCCUGCCGUUUGCGCUCGUGGGCUUGUAUACGUUUGCGGUAUCGUCGACUCCGGGUGCCACGGCGACGCAAUCGAAUACCCUCAGAACGCUGGCCUACACGGUCAUCAGCACCAUUGCGGUGCUUUCUGUGGUCUCGCAUAAGGAGGUCCGCUUCAUUUUUCCCCUUCUGCCAACUCUGCAUAUUCUCGCAGCCCCGUCCUUCGCCUCCUUCUUCUCGGCCGCUCCAGGCCAGCAGCCUUCCCAGAGCAGGACCGCCCUCCUCGCCGGCCUCAUCUCCGUCAAUCUGGUCAUAGCAACGUACCUCUCCCUCUUCCACGUCGCAGCGCCCAUAUCCGUCAUGCACUUCCUUCGACACGAGUACGAACGGGUUCAUCCCGACCGUCUCGGCCUUCACCCUGAGCAACCCGUCCUCAGCCACUAUCAUAGCCUUGCGCAAUCAGCAGCACCAAACUUCGGCAACGAGACCGACGAACUCUUCGCUCUGUUCCUGACCCCGUGCCACGCCACGCCCUGGCGCUCACACCUCGUGUACCCGUCUCUCCGCGCGCGCGCGUUGACGUGUGAGCCUCCUCUGCACACUGCGCCAGGCAGCGUGGAGCGUGAGACCUACAUGGACGAGACCAAGAGGUUCUUUCACGGGUUCGAUUCCAGCGAUCUAUGGGGUGUCGACUUCCUGGCGGGGGAGAUGUGGCCGCUGGAACGUAGCGAGGCCCAAGCUGGAGUUGUAAAUCGCGUUGGCGAGGUGCCGCGGUACAUCGUUGGGUUUGAGAGCAUGGAGAUGGCCUUGACGGGCUUUUUCGACAGCGCAGACAUGGGGGUGAAUUUGAAGCGGGUCUGGCGAGGAUGGAACGGACUAUUCAGCGAUGAUGACAGAAAAGAAGGGUAUCUGGCUGUCUGGGAUACCGGAGUAUAUAGAGACUAG